UAUUACAAUAUCUUUAUUUCGACGAUUUAUCAAACACUUGCGGAUUAUUAAAUGUAUUCGUCUGCAAAAUGACAGGAAGACGUGCGGCAGCCAUGAAUCGCCGGAUCGCGCCAAGAAACGGUCGCGCACGAGGAGUCGAUCGAUUCAAGAGGUGCGAGAAAUAUCCUAACCUUGACUGCUCCGAUUUUUAGUGAUUUCUUUUUUCUCUGUUUUUUCCCCCUUAUUUUAUCACGUCUAAGAGCCAAGAUUUUUAACUGUUUAAUUUGCGACUGAAUCAUCAUUUCCCGUACAAGAUAUAUCGAAGAGUUCUCAGCGAGCACGCGUAUCUCGAAGACUCGAACGGUGAUUUGUUGUCGAUGGUGGAAACGUCAUACCGAUUUCGGCACAUGUUAGCAACGCCUCUCACUUGAUCGAACUUUGGACAUGGAUGACAAAAGCUCGUUUAAGGCAUUUCUCGAGACACACGAGUCUCAACUUCGAUCUUCCGGAGUGCCGCAGCUGUUCUGGCAGGCUUUGUUCGAAAAGUUAAGUGACGGGACCUUCGACGGCAAUCUCGUCUUUCAACUGGUGAGGAUAGAGUACGAGGCUGGGGAGAGGCAUGCCAGGGAGAGCGAGCCAAACUGGAAGCUGAUUGUCAGCGCAAAGGACGGUAUUUCCGUGCAGGAUCCGAAUAACAUUUAUCUGAUCGAUCACGCGUGGAUGUACCGCGAUACCCGCGAUGCUCGACAAGCUUUAAUCGAAUCACCCGGUCUACUCGAUCGCAUGUGCUCUCUCAUGGGCAUCGAGGGUGCAAAAACGAAAGAGGAGAGAAUGGAGAGUGUCAUGAGCGAAAUGUGGCGGUACAAUCAGUCAUUUUCAAUGGACUACGUGGAGAAUGGCAACGUGGGGAAGAAAAUCCUCAUGUGGUACGUUAUGGACGAAGUCGGGUCAGCGAUAAACCACAGCGAUCGGCCAAGCUUUCGGACAGUACCUUUUCUGCACGCACCAGAAGGCAUAACUUACACGCUGCUGUUUCCUACGAGAGACGUCACCGUAGGCAGCGAAGUCACGAGAGAUUUCGUCGAGGGCCAGACGAGCGACCCCGAAACGAGGCGUGCGUUGUUACUGCCUUGGGUGUACAGCUCUUUUCAGGAGAAGAGCUUCGAGCAGGCCGAGCCAGACGCGGAUUACUUCCUGGCGGGUCGUAUCAACGAGAGUCUGCCGGAAACGAUAGACAUGAUCAAGCCCGAUACCAGGAAGGUAUUGAAGGUCUUCUCGCAGUACGGUAACGUGAACGAUUACUUGACGGAUCCGGCGUUCGAGAUCACCGACAACGAGGAAGAAGCGGAUGUACUGUGGCUUGUAUCCCACUACAAGGCGUACAAAGAACUGAGCGUUUCCCGUCCUCACGUUUUCGUGAACCAAUUUCCGCAUGAAAACGUGCUGACAGUGAAGGCGCUCCUGUCGAUCGUGUGCAGAAGAAAGGCGACGAAAUUGCACGUUGAUUCGGACACCCUGGAGACUCGUCCGACCUGGCUGCCGACGACGUAUAAUCUGAGCACCGAACUGGCGCAGUUCGUCGCGUACUUUACGCAACGAGCAAAUAAGGGACUCGACAAUCAUUGGAUCUGCAAACCGUGGAAUCUGGCGAGGGGCAUGGAUACCCACAUCACGAGCAAUCUCCAUCACAUUCUCAGAUUACCCUGCACCGGGCCGAAGAUCGCGCAGAAGUACGUUGCGCGACCAGUCUUGUACAGCAGGCCAGGCGUCGGCCGAGUGAAAUUCGACGUGAGAUACGUCCUGUUGCUGAAGUCCGUGAAGCCCCUACGUGCAUACGCUUACGGGAAUUUUUUCCUACGCUUCGCGAAUCUGCCGUUCGCGUUGAGUAAUCUCGACACGUACGAGCAACAUUUCACCGUUAUGAAUUACAUCGAGGAGAAUCCGUUGUACCAUGUGAAAUGUGCCGAUUUCCUCGUAGAAUGGGAGAAUCAGUAUCCGGAUUAUCCGUGGAGGACUCGCAUCGAGCCAAAGAUUCUCUCCGUCUUCCGACAGGUAUUUGAAGCCGCGGUCGCGCAACCGCCGCCGAAAGGAAUCGCCGAAAGCCCGCAAAGCAGAGCCGUAUACGCGGCUGAUUUGAUGCUGGAGUGGAGAGACUCGGAAAUUCAGCCCGAGCUGUUGGAAGUGAACUUUACGCCCGAUUGUCAGCGAGCGUGUGAAUAUUAUCCAGACUUUUAUAAUGACAUUUUUAGAUGCCUCUUCUUGGACAUUGAUAAUCCGCGGGUGUUUCAUGCGUUACAUUCAGUCGAAGACUAAUCAAUCAUGUGAUUCCCGUUUUACAGAGAGCUUUUAAUUUUUAUCAAAUAGAAAGAAAGUCUAAAUGUACAUACGAGUAUAUAUUUGUUAUAAUAAUUAAAUAAACAAUUAUUAAACUAGAUCUUGUAACGAUUUUGUAGCUGUCUUUGUGUUAUCGUGCUACUUGGUUGGCAAUUAGUGUAACGGCCAAGUAAAUGCAUUUAUUCAAAGCUUGCAUUGUUUGAUUACCGCUUUCAUAAAUUUAUAUUCAUGAACGAUGGAAAUAGGUAAUCACAUUGGUAUAUUUGUAUUUCGGAUACUCAUGUUCGUAUCAAACGUUUUGUAAUUUCUCACUUUUGCCAUUAGUAUAGAUUCCUAAUUUAUCAUAAAUUACAAUCAUAUAUUAUGAUUUAUGAAUUAUUAUAUUAUAUUAUAUCAAAUUGAUCACGUUUAUUACAUUUCCAGGCAAUUUGUAAAUCUUGCACCAUCAUCUUUUAUUCAUUAAAAUUGGUUAACAUAGAACUCUCUCAUGAUAUUGGGGUGUCGCAGGCUGUAAAGCGAGCUUUUUAUAUAAAUUUCGAACUUAAGUGCCAAGAGCAAGUAUAAAUCAAUGCGCAGAAUAUAAAUAAAUGCGAUCUCUUUUUUUUCUUUCAUUACUUUCGUGACCGUGCCACAUUAAAUUUCAACUUGUUCUGAAAAUACGAAAAUUCGUCAAAUUCGAUAAGUUCGCGAUUUUCAUCUGUGAAAUUGCCAAAGUGAUAGUAUUUUCUAAUGACACAAGUGCGUUUUUUGCCGCGAGUUAGUGAUAUCUUAAGGUUUGUUUAAAAAUAUAAUAAAUCAAGGUAAUUUAGAGUAUCUAAAGGAUUAAAGCGCAAUCUCGGGGCGAUAGUCACCUACCGCAGGAUCAGGGAAAUGAGAGGAAAAGUAAUGGAAGACGAAAGACUGAGUACAAUAAAAGUCAUUGUUAUAUAUAGAAUAAUACUCUUUAUUGUUUUUGAUAAUUCUUGUUGUUUUUCAUACCGUGCGCUGCAAUUUCUUUGAAAAUUUUUGUCAUUUAAUGUCCAGUUAGACAACUCUCCACUUUUACCGUUCUGCUGUCGCUAAUUUUUCUCUUUAUUUCUUUCUGCCUUUUUUUCGUUUGUUUUUGGUAGAACAUUACGCGAUACACAACUCCACGCGAUUUCCAGAAUAAAGAGAAAAAAAUGUAAGGAAACGGCAACACGCCCGAUCACUCGCGAGCACUCGCGAAUGUGUGCCGUAUCAUUCAUCGAUCGCAUAUGUAGGACUAGAGUAAAUUGCGAUUCCUCUGUCGUGUUCCCUCAUUCGCCGAUUUUCCUUUUUUUCUCAAUUUCUAAAUGAUUGGGGGACCACAGGUGUUUUUGUGCGCAAAUAUAAGUAGGUCCGACGCUGAAAUGUGACUCGCGCACGUUGGGCGACGUUUCCCGUCUCGUCUACUCGAGCAGCGAUGACUGCCAGCCAGCUCGCAAUGAUCAUCACGCGCGUUCAUUACGAUUUGUAUUUUUUUUUUAUUCUCUCUUUCAGUCUCGCAACGCCGCGCUCUCCCUACGUUGUUAGUAUUACGACGAGUGAUCGAUGCGUAUCGUCGUCAACGAAAUUGAAAUUACUCGUCUGUCCACAGAUAGUACUCCAUUCAAUUCCAUCGAAACGUGGCACGCGCGUUGCGAGCCU